UUGGCAGCAACAGCAGCAGAGUAAGCGCACUAGGAAAGGAUGUUGUGCGCGCGCUGGCAGACCUGCCUCUUGAUGGUUCUGUAGUUAAGAGGUAAAGUCGAAGCAGCUGGAAUUAUACCACACUGCACGGAGGCACCAUCGGAGUUAUUUUCACUCAAAGACUGCGGAUAUACAGAAGCCUGGAUAUCUGUGGCGAGCAAGGUGGAAAUGUCAUCUCUGGCCAUCGCCUUCAAUCUCACCGUGCUCGGCGUCCUCAGUACUGCGCUGGCGGCCAGUCAUUAUAACUGUGAUGGCCCUUUGGUAUCAAAUCUUCUUCAGGCCUCCUUUGAGAGGUCCUCGCAGUCCUCCAUCAGUAACGCUCCACACUUCGCCAAGCUCAACAGACGAGAUGGAGCGGGAGGCUGGUCUCCCCAGGUGACAGACAGACAGCCUUGGCUGCAGCUGGACCUCAGGGACAGGAUGGAGGUGACGGCCGUCGCCACACAGGGGCGCUACGGAGGCUCAGACUGGGUCAGCGGCUACCUGCUCCUGUUCAGUGACACAGGCCGAGCCUGGAAGCAGUACCGACAGGAGGACGGGGUGGGGAGGUUUGCGGGGAACGUGAACGCUGACGGUGUCGUCCACCACAAGUUGUCUCACUCUAUCAGAAGCCGCUUCCUGCGCUUCGUCCCCCUGGACUGGAACCCCAGUGGCUGGGUGGGACUCAGAGUGGAGGUCUACGGCUGUGCCUACAAAUCGUAUGUGGCAGACUUUGAUGGCAGAAGCUCGCUACUCUACCGGUUUAACCAGAAGUCCAUGAGCACGGUGAAGGAUGUGAUCUCGCUGAGCUUCAAGAGCCGCCAGGCUGAGGGGGUGCUGCUCCAUGGAGAGGGACAGAGGGGCGACUACAUCACACUGGAGCUGCACCGGGGCAAGCUGGCCCUCUACCUAAACCUAGAUGACACAAGGCUGCGGUUCAGCAGUGGUCGUGUUGCGGUCACUCUCAGCAGUCUUCUGGACGACCAGCACUGGCACUCUGUCCUCAUCGAGCGCUUCAACAAGCAGGUCAACCUCACCGUGGACACCCACACACAGCACUUCAGGACCAAGGGGGAAGGAGACUCCCUGGAGGUGGACUAUGAGCUCAGCUUUGGGGGCAUCCCACUGCCAGGUAAGCCUGGUACCUUCCUGAGGAAGAACUUCCAUGGCUGCAUUGAGAACCUCUACUACAAUGGGAUCAACAUCAUCGACCUAGCCAAGCGACGCAAGCCUCAGAUCUACAGCGUGGGCAAUGUGACCUUCUCGUGCUCUGAGCCUCAGCUGGUGUCCACUACCUUCCUGAGCUCCAGCAGCAGCUUCCUGUCGCUCCCGGCCACGCUGUCUGCUUCGGGGGGCUUCGCUGUGCGUUUCCAGUUCAGAACGUGGAACCCAGAUGGGCUACUGCUCUCUACCCGGCUGGCCCUGGAGCCCCAGAGACUGGAGCUGCAGAUCAGCAACAGUCGGCUGCGCCUGACCCACCACAUGUCAGCCCAGCAGAAAGAAGAGGUCUCCACCGGUCACAGAGUGAAUGAUGGACUGUGGCACUCUGCGAGUCUUAGCUCCCGAGGUCUCCAGGUCACCAUGACUCUGGACAAUGAGCCGUCCUCAACUAUGGAGCUGGGAGACCACAUGGAGGCAGGAGACAGCCUUUACUUCGGAGGCUGCCCCUCCUCGUCCUCCAGUGACUCGUACUGUGAGAACCCCACAUUGGCGUUCCAGGGGUGCAUGCGUCUCUUCUCCAUCAACAGCCAGCCCAUGGACCUGAACCUGGUGCACCAAGGACGACUAGGAGACUACAAGGAGCUGCAGUUUGACACAUGUGGCAUCCAUGACAGAUGUCUGCCCAACUUCUGUGAACAUGGAGGGCAGUGUUCACAGUCCUGGAGCCAUUUCUACUGCGACUGCUCUGGCACAGGAUACACUGGAGCCACCUGCCACAACUCCAUCUAUGAGGCAUCAUGUGAGGCCUACCGGCUGACUGGCAGCUCCUCAGGCCUCUUCUCCAUUGAUCCAGAUGGCAGUGGUCCUCUGGGGCCCACACAGGUCUACUGCAACAUGACAGAGAACAAGGUGUGGACAGUAGUGACCCACAACAGCACAGAUCCAGUCAGGGUCCAGGGUUCUACACUACAGAAGCCCUACAUGAUGAAGUUUAACUACAGCGCCUCACCUGAACAACUGAUGGCCCUCGUGGCCAGGUCAGAGCAGUGUCAACAGGAAGUAGUAUACAGCUGCAGGAAGUCCCGCCUCUUCAACACGUGGGAUGGCAGCCCUCUGUCCUGGUGGGUGGACCAGGGUGGAGAGAGACGGACCUACUGGGGAGGCUUCCUGCCAGGUGUUCAGCAGUGCUCCUGCAGCCUGGAGGAGAAUUGCAUGGACAUGAACUACUUCUGCAACUGUGAUGCUGACACAGACUCAUGGGCUAAUGACACAGGAGUACUUUCUUACAAAGAGCACUUACCAGUGAGUGAGAUCGUGAUUGGAGACACCAACAGAACUGGCUCUGAGGCGCUCUACAGAAUCGGCCCGCUGCGUUGUUAUGGCGACAAGUCUGUGUGGAAUGCAGCGUCCUUCUACCAGGAGUCAUCCUACCUGCACUUCCCCACCCUCCAGGCAGAGCUCAGCGCUGACAUCUCCUUCUACUUCAAGACCAGCGCUCCCUCAGGAGUCUUCCUGGAGAACGUGGGCCUCAAGGACUUCAUCAGAGUGGAGCUCAGCUCUCCGUCCGUGGUGACGUUCUCCUUUGACGUGGGAAACAGGCCGGUGGACCUGGCCGUCAAGUCCCACGUGCCCCUGAAUGACAGGCAGUGGCACUAUGUGAGGGCAGAGCGCAGCGUGAAGGAGGCCUCGCUGCAGGUGGACCAGCUGCCCCUGCGCUUCUUGGAAGCUCCAUCUGAGGGACUCCUCCGCCUCCGGCUCAACAGCCAGCUGUUUGUGGGGGGAACGGCGGCUAGGCAGAGGGGCUUCUUGGGUUGCAUCAGAACUCUGACUAUAAACGGUGUGACCUUUAACCUGGAGGAGCGGGCUAAGAUGACCCCGGGGGUGAGCGCUGGCUGCCCCGGCCACUGCAGUGGCUCCAGCAGUCUCUGCCACAACAGCGGGAGGUGCAUUGAGAAGAACAGCGGCUACGUCUGUGACUGCUCUCAGUCUGCCUAUGGGGGGCCCUCCUGCAAGGAAGAGGUGUCUGUGUCGUUUAACAGAGAGUCGUCGGUGACCUACACCUUCCAGGAGCCUUUCUCUGUGAUGCAGAAUAGGAGCUUCCAGGCCUCCAGUGUCUACAGAGGGAACAGCAGGGCCAGAGAGAACAUGGCUUUCAUCUUCAUGACCACACAGAGCCCUGCCAUGCUGCUCACUGUCAGCACCUUCAGCCAGCAGUACAUAGCAGUCAUCCUGGCACGCAACGGGAGUCUACAGAUCUGGUACCAUCUCCAUGUGGACAGGAGGCCAGAUGUGUUCAGUCCCAGACCCUCCAGCCUGGCAGACGGACACCUCCACCGUAUCAGAAUCCACCGUGAGGGAAAAGACGUCUACCUACAGAUCGACCAGGACAUCCACAGGAAGUACACCCUGUCAUCUGAUGCAGAGUUGAUCUUAAUCAGAUCCUUGACUUUGGGCAUAGUCGUCGGAGGUGAAAAUGUUGAUGAGGAAGUGAUGCAGGCAGGAUCUAAGGGCUUCAUUGGCUGCCUGUCGUCCGUCCAGUUCAAUCACAUGGCUCCACUGAAGGCAGCGCUACUGAACCGUGGCAGCUCAUUGGUCAGUGUACGGGGUCACCUGGUGGAGUCUAACUGUGGGGCUCCGGCUGACUCAACAACCUCACACCCACUCUCAGAUCAAGCUGCGAAAACAAACAAAGAUAAUAUCAGCCUGCAUGACUCGGCAGUCAUAGGAGGUGUGGUGUCAGCAGUAAUCUUCAUCACUCUGUGUGUAGUGGUGGUGAUGACCCGUUUCCUGUACCAGCACCGGCAGGCCCGGAGAGACGCCAGCAUCAAGGAGAAGGAGCACCAAACCAACCUGGAAAUAGCCUGCCGGAGAGAAGCAGCCUACCAGGCAGAACCAGCCUACAGGACAGAGUGCCACCUCCAUGACAGUCAUAGCUCCACCCUCAGGGACAACAGGGAGUACUAUAUCUGACCACAGUGUCCAGCCAAGCCUUCUAGCCAUCGCCGCUUACCUCUCUUCUGUUUUGUCUAGCUGUCUGCACAGGAGGAGGCAGCCUUUUUCCUCCCUCCUCUGGGGUAGAAAUUAAGAAUUCCUUCUCCUUUAGGGAACUGUGGGAAUAUCCUGAUGGGGAAUUUCUUCCCGUUUCUGUGUAGAUACUCCGUAGGACGGGACUUGUAGCUGCAAAUAUGUUGACCGGCCGGCUCACAAAUGGUGGUGAUGGGACAGGAAAACAGUGCCAUAAGAGAUUGAAGCAUAUGGAUAUGGUGCAAUGGAUUUAUCCAAUGACAGAAAUACAAAGAGUCUGGAAAGAUUAGAAUAUUCAAUGUUAUGGUAAAAGUGGGCAAUGUUAUGGAAGAGUGGUCAAUGUUAUGGGAAGAGUGGUCAAUAUUAUGGUAAAAGUGGGCCAUGUUAUGGAAGAGUGAGCAAUGUUAUGAAAGAUUGAGCAAUGUUAUGGAAGAUUGAGCAAUGUUAUGGGAAGAGUGGUCAAUGUUAUGGGAAGAGUGGUCAAUGUUAUGGAAGAGUGGUCAAUGUUAUGGGAAGAGUGGGCAAUGUUAUGGGAAAAAGCCACAAUGGUGUAGAUGGCCAAGAUUAAACUAUCCCACUGUCGUGUGGGGAAGAAAUCUCCUGACGCACAGAAACUACACACAGAUGCACUUACUCCAUUUCAAAUACUUACGAAAAGGACGAGAAGUUCAACAGCUUUCACAUCUGUGCCAUUGAUGUAAUACAGAGGGUCAAUACAGAGUGGGUUGCCUUCAGAGGGCAGGGAGACUAUUCAGCCACCAUUUUGAUGGUAAUUACAGUACCGCAGUGCAGUGCUCUGGGAAUGGUUGAAAAGGCUCAAUGCAAAGGCCUUCUUAGAUAACAUAAUAUUAAAUAACACAUUGGAAUAAGAUAAGUAUUGUUUUACUGAUCUUGAUAAUGCAGUGAUUAAUUAAGAUUAAAUACAAAAAGUUAUAUAUUUAAAUUUCAUUAAAUCCCUAAAUAAAGCCAUUUAAAAAUUACAUCAAUACAAGAGACAGGUGCCUGGACCGGUUUCCUACAUUUUUCUUUGGAAAAUUGAAAAUCAUUGUUCUUUCUGCCCAAUGUUCUUGAGGUUUCUAUGCCGUAGGCUAGGAUGCUUUGUAUUGCUGCAAGGAAGAGACUGUAAAAAGAACCCAGCUGACUGGAACAUCUGCUAGCUGUCCCCUAGCAAGAGAACCAACCCAUCACAUCCCACUCAAGUGGCUGCCGGCCAAGGGUUAGAAGAGUCUUCAAAGAGCUGCCAUAUACAAAGCUUUAGUUGUUCCUCAUCUUCUCAUAAGCUCUUUGUCUUUUCUUGGUACUUUUCAUUGUUUCGUUUGGAUUGCUUCCUCAAGCAGCCAUUUGUUCUGGCACACCUUUGAUCCUGGUCAUGCAUUGGUGACCAUUUUAUAUCUUAUUUCUUAUUUGAAGUUUGUAAUUCAUUGCUUUUGUACUGAUUGUCAACAGUAUCCCUAUGUUAGAUCUACAUUAUAAGGUGAUUAGUGUUUACUGGUAUUGGAUGAUGGAUGUGGAUGCUCAGCUUAGUUUUAUUUUCCACCUAAAAUGAAGAGGGAAAGUAUCAUCAGUGCAAAAUUACCCAGUUUGACAGUUUAGAAACAAUAAAAACAGAGAAUGAAAAUUCAUACGUAAAACUCUUUCAUGAGCAACAAUUCAUAUACACACCGUCACAAAAUAAUAAGAUUGGCUGAGGUAUUGCCUGAAAACAUUUUUCUUUCAAAUUAAAGUGUCCUUGAAAGCAAGUUAUAAUUCACCUCUGAGACUCCUAUUUGUACUUGUUGAUAUUGUGAUUACUUUGAGGGCCAAUUUUGUAUGGCUAUAAUUGUACAGGUAUAUUAUGAAUAUAUGUUUAAUAAAACCAAACAUUCUUUUUGAAAAAUAAUUCAUAUUUUCCAGAUGUUUCCGUGCUACAUAACCUCUAUCACAACCAUUCUCUUUCUUCCGUUCACACACAUUUUUUGGGGCUUUGAAUACGGUAUGUGUGUUUGCAUUUGUUGGUACAUGUGUGUAUAAGCAUGUACAGACCAAGGAUGGGUGGUGCUGUGUAUUCUGAUGAAGUAGAAACAUUCAUUACGUGGUGUGAAACUACGUCCCGUCUUCCUCCAAACGUUGUUAUGGUAAAUAGGGUACAAAAUGGAAUCUGACCUAAUUCAAUCACAAAGCCAGAACAUUAAAUUGCUUCGAUGUCAGAACUGUAGUUGUGGAACAUUUUAUUGUGUCUCUUUUUUUUUGUGACCACAUUUAUAUAUUUUUCUGUGAUUUCUUUGUUGGGUGUGUGGGGGGUUAAAGGGACAACCGACACAUAAUUUGCUACUCAGUUAAUAUCGUAUUUACCUGUAGGCUGCCACUCCAAAAGAAAAU